AUGGUGGGUGAGUCCCUGUUCACUGUGGGGCAGACCUGGCUGCCAGCCUCGCGGCCGGAGAGCCCCGCUCCCGCGUUCGGAGAGCCCCGCUCCCGCGGCCGGCAGAGCCCCGCUCCCGCGGCCGGCAGGGCCCCGCUCCCGCGGCCGGCAGAGCCCCGCUCCCGCGGCCGGCAGAGCCCCGCUCCCGCGGCCGGCAGAGCCCCGCUCCCGCGGCCGGCAGGGCCCCGCGGCCAGCAGAGCCCCUCUCCCGCGGCCGGCAGAGCCCCGCUCCCGCGGCCGGCAGAUAAGGCAUCCUUUUGCUGCCCAAUGGAGCAGAGAGGCUGGCAGCGGUGGCUGUUGCUGCUGGUGGGCGUCCAGCUGGCUGGGGGCCAGUGCCCAGAGCAGUGCCAGUGCAUCCGCACCGCCCAGGUGGAGUGCUCCGGUGCCGGCAUCACGGCGGUGCCCAGCCCCAUCCCCGCCAACGCCAUGACCCUGCAGAUCAUCAACACGCACAUCACCGAGCUGGGCGACGCCUCCUUCGGCAACGCCUCCCUGCUGAUCGGGCUGCGCAUCGAGAAGAACGACCUGGCGCGCAUCAGCCCCGGGGCCUUCCAGCACCUGCCCGACCUGCGCUACCUCAGCCUGGCCAGCAACAAGCUGCAGGAGCUCCCCGUGCAGGUCUUCCAGCCGCUGGACAAGCUGGAGUCUCUGCUCCUUUCCAGCAACCAGAUCCUCCGGGUUGAGCCUUCCCACUUUGCCCACUUGAGCAACCUCAAGGAGCUGCAGCUGCACGGGAACGACCUGCGGGAGCUGAAGGAGGGGGUGUUCGACCAGCUCACCAGCCUGACCAAGCUCAACCUGGCCAGGAACAACUUGGAGCGGCUGCCGCCCCGGGCCUUCGAGCGGCUGGCGCGGCUGCAGGUGCUGCGGCUCUACGAGAACCGGCUGGGGCGGGUCCCGCCGGGCGCCUUCGACGGGCUGCCCGAGCUGCAGGAGCUGGGGCUGCACCAGAACCAGCUGCAGGCGCUCUCCCCGGACCUCUUCCUGCGCAACGGAAACCUGCAGAAGCUCUACCUGUCCAACAACCUCCUCACGGCCCUGCCGAGCGGGGUCUUCGUGCCCCUGGGCGCCCUGGCCAAGAUCACCCUGCACGCCAACCGCCUGCGGAGCAUCUCCCCCGGCGCCUUCGGGCCCGCGCCCGCCCUGCGGGAGCUGUGGCUCUACGACAACGAGCUUCCCGCCCUCCCUGCCGCCGUCUUCAGCAACCUCACCCAGCUGCAGCUCCUGGUGCUCAGCAAGAACCGGCUGCGCUCGGUGGCGCCGGGGGCGUUCCAGGGCUUGGGGGAGCUGCUGGAGCUGUCCCUGCACUCCAACGCCCUGCGCCGCCUGGACGCCCAGGCGCUGGAGGGGCUGCCCAAGCUGCAGAACAUCUCCUUGCACCACAACCAGCUGCAGGCGCUGCCGCGGGGCCUCUUCAAGGCCACCCCAGGGCUGCAGCAUGUGCAGCUGCACUCCAACGCCCUGCAGUACCUGCCCGCUGGCAUCUUCUCCCCCUUGGCUGCGCUCCGAGAGGUGAAGCUGCACAACAACUCCUGGCGCUGCGAUGAGGGCAUUCUGCCCCUGCGAAGCUGGCUGGAGGACAACCCCCACAAGGUGGGCGAGACACCCCCCCUCUGUGCCCAGCCCCCUGCCUUGUGGGGCACCCCCAUUGCCAGGGUGCCACAGGACCAGCUCCGCUCCACCCAGCCCCCCAGCGCCUCCUCCCACCCCAGCACCCCACUCCCUGCCCACCCCUCUGAGGCAGCACCGCCAGAGAGUGCCUGGACGGAGCCCUCCCUGGGGCUGCCGGUCUCCCCCCAGGAGGAGGGGAGGAAGGAGGAAGAGGAAAGGGGGUGGUGGGGGCUGACACGCACGCAGAGUUGGGUGGUGGUGGCGGUCAUUGUGCUGGUGUGUGUGGCUCUGCUCACUGCUCUGGUGGCACUGGUAGUCUAUGGCUGUAGGAAGAAGAGCAACGUUGUGCUCAUGAGGAUGAAGGCACCCAACGAAGCCUGAGUACUCAUCACACCCUGGGGAGAGUGGUGCUGGGCAGGACAUCUGCUCCCUGUGAGGCUGAGGGACACAACAGUGGUUCUGCAUUGGCUGUUCUUGCUGACUGGGAUGGGCCAGCAUCACCCUGUGUGCUUUCGGUCCCCUUGUCCUGCUUUGCUUUGACCCUGCCCUGCUCUGCAGCAGUGCAUCCCCCUGGGCGACCUCCCAUGGCUGCCCUCUGCCCCCAGCCCCUCACGCCUCCGGCAC